CAUGGUCUUUCCCGUGGGCGAGAGACGGCUGGAGUCUCACGCACGGGCUAUUUCCCCGCCAGUGCAAUUAGCCUCGCUGCACCAGCGUGCUUCCCUAAACGGUCCGCUGACGGUAACGCCCGAAGAGAUUCGGCCAUUAUGUCUGUUUCUGGACGCGUGGAAGGCCAUUCCGGACAUUUCUCAUUGGCUACUAAAUGUGAUAGAACACGGGUACACCCUGCAGUUCAGACGAAGACCUCCCCGCUUCAGCGGUGUUGUUCCGUCGCUUACGUCAGCGCAAAAUGCGCCUGUGUUGAGGCAGGAAAUCGGCAGCCUGCUCGCGAAAGGAGCGAUCGAGCGUGUCCCUCCGAACGAGCGAGAAAGCGGGUUUUACAGCCGGUACUUUGUAGUGCCCAAGAGAGAUGGUGGUCUGCGUCCGAUUCUGGACUUGAGACCCGUCAACCGAGCCCUUCACAAGCGAGCGUUCAGAAUGACAACUCUAAAACAGAUCCUGGCACAAGUGCGUCCCGGGGACUGGUUUGCAUCCGUGGAUCUGAAGGAUGCGUACUUUCAUGUUCAGAUAGCCAAGCGCCACCGAAAGUUUCUGCGAUUCGCUUUCGCGGGUUCAGCGUACCAAUUUGCCGUACUCCCGUUCGGACUGGCAUUAGCACCGCGCACAUUCUCGAAGUGCGUGGACGCGGCGCUUUCCCCUCUCAGAGCGAGCGGUAUGCGCAUUCUGAAUUAUCUGGACGACUGGUUAAUUUUAGCCCACUCACGGGAGGCGCUAUCCGGUCAUACGCAAAUGCUGCUUCGUCACUUGACAUCCCUGGGGCUACGCGUGAACAUGCAGAAAAGCAAGCUCACUCCGAGUCAGUCAAUAACGUAUCUGGGGGUAUGUUUCGACUCAGUGGAGAUGCGCGGCCGCCUCUCUCAAGAGCGGACGGAGUCCAUCUCUUCAGCUCUACAUCUGCUCAGGCCGGGUCGGUCUGUUCCACUGAGGGAGUUUCAGAGGCUUUUGGGUCUCAUGGCGUCAGCCUCGGCGGUCUGCCACCUGGGUCUUCUGCACAUGCGACCGCUACAGUUUUGGCUGAAGGCUCGUGUUCCAUGGAAAGCAUGGUCCUCGGGUCGAGUGCGAGUCCCGGUUACACUCAGUUGCCUCAGUGCCCUGAGCCCAUGGCGCGACCCAAGCAUGUUCAGUCGGGGAGUUCCCCUGGGGCUGGUUACGAGACGCAUAGUCGUUACGACGGAUGCGUCGUCCUCGGGAUGGGGUGCAGUGUGCGAGGGCAUGCCGGCAUCCGGCCUUUGGACACAGUCACAGAGAAAAUGGCAUAUAAAUUGCUUGGAGCUGAUGGCGGUGUCUCUAGCUCUCCAUACUUUCCAGUCGAGACUGGAGAAGAAACAUGUCCUGAUUCGCACCGACAACAUGUCCGUGGUAUCGUACAUAAAUCGCCAGGGAGGAGUCCGCUCAGGAACUCUUUUCAAACAGGCUGCGAGUCUCCUACUGUGGGCAGAUCAGCAUCUACUCUCUGUCAGGGCAGCGCAUAUCCCCGGUCGUCUGAACUGCGGAGCGGACAUGCUUUCGAGGGAGGGUCUUCCGCACGGAGAAUGGAGGCUUCAUCCAGACUCAGUGCGGUCAAUUUGGGAGCGCUUUGGGACGGCGGAAGUGGAUUUAUUCGCGACGAGCAAGAACGCGCACUGCCCGCUGUAUUUCUCGCUGACCCAUUCCCCCAUGGGGAGCGACGCUCUGACGGUGCGAUGGCCGAACGUUCGGCUUUACGCGUUUCCUCCGGUGAAGAUUUUGCCCCUGGUGCUGUGCAAAAUCAGAGAGGAGACGGCGACGGUGAUCCUCGUCGCUCCGUUUUGGCCGAAUCAACCGUGGUUUCCGGACCUAAGCGAAUUGUUAACGGCACCGCCGUGGCGGAUUCCCCUCAGGAGAGACCUGUUGUCCCAAGCGAACGGCACGAUAUUUCACCCCAGCUCGCAGCUGUGGAGUCUUCAUGCCUGGCCUCUUCGGGGGUUUUAAAUGCACUUCCUCAGCGUGUACUUGACACUAUUUCGGAGUGUCGAGCGCCUUCCACCAGGCGUUUAUACGCUCUCAAAUGGGGGGUGUUUGUUAAAUGGUGCAGUAGUAACAAUAUCGACCCGAUGUCCUGCCCCGUGUCUGAUAUUUUAUGCUUCCUGCAGCACAGUCUGGACAGCGGCGGACUCCCGUCAACACUGAAGGUUUAUGUGGCUGCUAUCGCCUCGUUUCGUUCCCCGGUUGAUGGGCAAUCCAUUGGAAGGCACAUGCUGGUAGUCAGAUUCCUCAGAGGAGCGAGGAGACUUUUUCCACCGCGAUCCCCUUCGGUGCCGCCUUGGGACUUAGCGCUGGUGUUGAAGGCUCUCUCCUUUCCCCCAUUCGAGCCUCUGGACGCGGCUUCCCUAAGAGAGCUCACUCUAAAAACCGUUCUCCUUCUUGCCCUUGCUUCGGCUAAGCGCAUAGGGGAUUUACAAGCGCUCUCAGUCGGCGCUGAUUUCAUUCGUUUUGGAACCGGCGACUGCAAUGUCACUCUCCGGCCGAAAUCGGGUUAUGUGCCAAAGUCUAUGUCUACCCCAUUUAGAGCACAGGUCAUUUCUUUGCCCGCUUUGUUUUCCGAGUCGUCAGACUCGCAGAAUGCAAACGCUCCGAGAGCGGUCUGCCCGGUAAGGGUUUUGCGGGCUUACAUUGAUCGCACGGCCGGUUUUCGGCAGUCUGAACAGCUCUUCGUCUGCUAUGGUGGGGGAACUAAAGGUCGGGCUGUAUCAAAGCAGAGGCUCUCUCACUGGGUGGUGGACGCUAUUACCUUAGCGUAUGAGAGUCAGGGACAGAACUGCCCAUUCGGUAUCAGAGCUCAUUCGACUAGGGCUAUCGCCUCUUCGUGGGCUUGGUCUAGGGGCACAUCUAUUCAGGACAUAUGCUGUGCGGCUGGCUGGUCUUCGCAGAACACUUUCGCCAGGUUCUACAGAUUGGACGUGUCCUCUUUGUCGUCUCAAGUCCUCUCGAUGCCGAGUCCAGACGGAAGAAGAAGACGGCGGAGAUCAGUCAGGCAUUGAACGUGAGGCCUGUGGACGUGGCCACUCUGAGGCGUAUGGCCAUCAGCGAAGGCGGUCUGCUGACCGAUGAGAUCCGGCGUCAGGUUUGGCCCAGGCUGCUCAAUGUGUCUGUAGACCAGAUACCGGAAG